AUGUGGGGGCUUGGCUUCAAUGCCUCCCGGGAAGUGCUGCUGGCGAUCCGCCAGGCCAACCAGCAGCGUGUGGAGCACCUCAUCGGAGGUCUCACAGCGGCCUUAAGACAACAGCGGGAGUCCCGGAGCGACGAGAUUGGCAGCUCUUUAUGGGACUUUGCUUGUGCAGUCCAGAGACUUUCCAGUCUUCCCUUGGGCUCGGAGAAGGAUGCGUUUUGGGAUGAAGUGGUGCACGUUUUGAAGGCCAAAGAGGGUGAGCUGACAGCCAGAGAGCUUGCUCUUUUUUUGCAACGCACUGGCGUCAGAACCAGUGUAUUGUGGGACGGUGGCAUCAAGUCUCUUACGCAGAGCAGUUGA